AUCAUCGGAGUGCCAUCUCGUUCUCAGCUGGAAUCACCACUUACCAGUCGCUUUCUACAGCUCACCGAUACUGCAAUGUUGGUUCUAGCUACGAUCAUUACCGUCUUUCUCAAGUGUUUCGCGUACAGCGCACCAUCCAAUAAUUUUGAAGUAACACGGGGCUGCUUGCAGUAUAAUACCGACCAUGGUUACAAGCACGCACAUCCAUAUUAUCCCAUCAGCCGAUUUCAACACUUGAACGUAACCAAUGAUGACGUCAAAAUAUUCCGAAUGGGCGUCCUGGGUCCCAACGAUGGUCAUUUGCGGUUGGCCCCAACCAUGUUUCCUUACGACAAAACCGAAAUGAAUGAAAUCGUUCUAUCCGGAUGGGCAAACACAAAAACCGUAGUUCGUCAUUACACUCGGAACUCUCCCCAGGAACAAGUUUCUAAAAUAGUGCUACGGGAACAAUCGAGCAUUGGUAUGCUGUCGUACUUCAAGCCGUUUAUGUUUACCGUGGCGAUUCACCCGGGCGGUCAGGUGGAGCUCACGAGGGACGAAGAUUCCAAACCAUUUCUGCAGUACCGAGAUCCGAAGGUGUCUGCAGACUACCUAGGAUUCUGUAAUUGGGAUCGUCCGUUGGUGUUCUUUUACGAUUGCCCCCUGGAGGUGGAUCAAAGGGCUUGCGAUGGGAUUGUAUUUAGCAAAUAGUUAGUGAGCCAAUGAGAUUAGUACCGUUUUGAUUCAUAUUACGGACACUUACGGCCUCAGGGAAGUAUAACACA